AUGUUUGAGGUUAUUGGAAAAUUACAUCAAGCCUUGCAGCAAAGGUAUCAACUUGCCACACAGCAGGCUUAUGCCAUAGGUGGAUUUCUUACAGAAUGCAUAGCCCAACACCAUAGUGAAAGCAUGCCAGAUGUUCCUCAGCAGCGUUCUCGUGGAAGGCCAAACUACAGUUCUAUUUUAGAUAUUCUUGAUGGAAUAGAUGAACUUGGAGCAUCAUCAUCUAAUCUCCAUGACCAGAUUGCAGUUUUCAAUUCAGUUUCCAAGUUCCCAUUGCUAAAUUAUGUGAACGAGCCAAUGAGCCAUUUUGUUAGUGCUGAAGUACGGUCAGCCAUAGUUAAUUUACCAGCAAGAAUACACCAUACGUGUGAUGUGCCCAGCAACAUCUACGAAGCUUACAACAAUACAAGUCCAUACAGAUCUGUGGUGUGUGAUGAUGGAGGUCCAGAACUUUCCGAAAAAAUAUGUUAUCCCACUGUUAUUCCCUGUGAUGGUGAUGGUUUGGUUAUGAACAUUAAUAUUGAUUCUGACAAACCCCUAGAGAAUGCAGUUUUCACCCGUCUUUUUGGAAUAGAUGCACCGGAGUUGGCAGCAAUCCAUUUUGUGAAAACAGAUGAUUUAAAACAUGUUUAUUUAAAAAGAAUGGGUCACAUAAGCCUCUGUGCAGUUCAUCUUUUCCUGCGCUUGUUUGUUCUGCAAGGAACAGCUGAUCUGUGUGAAGAAAUUCCGGCGGAGGGAAUAGAUCUCCCUCACGAUUACUAUGGCCGCCCGUUAAAGGAAUUUUGGUUCAAGUAUACGACACCACCUUCUGAUGAGAUGGAGACAAGAUUCCUUGAGUUUGUUGAACAGCUAGUCAGUACUCAAUCAGAGCUACGCAAGAGGCUAAUGUCACCAUUUCCAGUAUGUAAUGCAACUACAACGAGUCCUUUCUUGUUAUCACUCAAUGCACUCCUUGUUGUAACUGGUUUUUGCCAUGUUUUCACGAGAUACUGCCAAGACAAGCUACUACUCGGUCUACAGGGAGUGGCAAAAGAGAAAAAAAUGGGUCCAAUCUGGUGUGGUGCCUCUAGAAAUUUCAUUUAUGGGUGCAAUUCAGAUAACAGUGCUGACCACAUCUUGAAGCAUUUUAACCUUGAGACAACUAGGAAUUUGCAGCGGAAAGGAUAUCCUUAUAACAAGUCCAGUGCAUUCCUACCUUGGCAUGAGAGAAAAACUACCAAACAGAUUUGUUCUAACCAAACUACCCGAGCACAAGCUCAUGAGCACCAAACUCAGCAUUUACCCAAGAAAGAACCCCAGUUUGGAAUUUACAAAGAGAUUACAAGGUCAGGUCAUCCAGAAAAGAAUUUUGAAGUGGUUAAAACUGGCGAGGCAUUCCUUCAAGUCCGACCUAGUCUAGUGGUUGGGGUGGGUGGAGUGGACACUGGUCUAGGUUUGUUCACCCUCCAUAAAAUCCCCAGAGACAGAUACGUGUGUGCCUAUGCUCCUACUGCCAACCUCAGAGAGUCACACUUGGAUGGUGACUAUGUAAUUGAAAUGACUUUCAAAGACAAAAUUCUUUCUGUAGAUGGUAAACAAAACCCCUUCGAACUAGGUUUGGGAAUUUUCUGCAACGAUGGUAGUUUUCCACUAUCACUUGCAAAAGCUAAAUUUUCAAAAAUAAUAGCCCAAAGAGUCAAUUGCGAGUUUUCUAAAUGGAAUGAUGAGAUCUGGAUUAAAACAACACGAGAGGUGAAUGCUGGAGAGGAGCUACUUGUCAUCUACUCUCACGAUCAGAGCUACUGGACCUCCAUCUUCAGUGCAGAUCAACUUGCCAAGAUUGCAACUGCCCUCGCUUCAUGUGGCCCAACCUUACAGGAAGCUGAUCAUUGUAUCUGGCAUCUCCAGGUGUAAAAUUUCUGGUGAGUUUAAGUUUUCACAGCUUCAAACAGGAUGUGUGAUGUUUGUGUUCAUUACUAUACAGUGUACUGUAGUUUCUUGUUUGACCAAGAACUCAGGACUGAAAUACGUAGCUUAUUUCUUUGAAAAUAUAUGCUGUGGUGAUGGUGUUUCAUCUUGCAGUGAUGCGGUGUUAAUUUUUCGCCGCACCCAGACCCCCAAAUGUUCCCCAUCUAACCUGUAAUGGAUUAGCACCAGUCAACAAGCAGCAAAGGUAUUGCUACUCAUGCCUGUUCCAAAAACUAGGACAAGAGAUGGUGUUGCAAUUCUCAGUUGACCAGUGCAAACUUAAAAUACCUUCAGUGGUUAACUUUUAUUCCAGCCAGAAGAGUAACUUUACCUGCGAAAUUUAGCAAGAAAAAGAGUGUUCAUUUAAGUACUGACAGCAUUUUUGAAUGUAACCUUUCUACAAAUCUCAAUGUUGAUGGUUCACCUUUUUCUGCCACGAGUUAUGAUUAUUUGCCAAUAGAAGUUAAGCGGCAAUUUAUAAAGCGGUAGUGAAAAAGUCCAGUUUGAAUGGUUUCAUUUCAAUUUUUGUCUACUGUAACAUGAUGGCAAAGCAUUCUGUGAAACAUAACACACAAGUUUUCAU